AGGACAGUGUAGGACCAAUUGGGUGUGGCGAGGGGUUACGAUAGAGCUUCGGUGACGAACGAAAACAAUAAUCGUAAACGAACAAAUUAGGGAAGUCGGUCGGUCUCACGCUGGCCUUUCCAAAAGGUCAUCAUGUCGGUGGACAAGCAAGAGUAUCACAGGGCGUCCAACGCGGUCGUUUUCGGCGGAGGGCUUUCGUUCGUGGCGCUCUUUCUCUUGAUGAUGGCCUUUAUAAGUCCGUAUUGGAUACAGUCGUACCAGGAGACGUUCAGUAACUUCAAGCACAUGGGGCUCUGGGAAUACUGCUUCGAGCAAUUCCGUUAUCCCUACUAUCAGUUCGAUAAGCAGUUCGAUGGCUGCCAUCACAUAUUUUCUCAAGAAUAUUAUGUUAUAAGAGAAUGGUUACUACCGCCAUGGCUCAUGGUCGUGCAAGCGUUUGUCACAUUGGCCCUAAUGCUCUCUAUCUUUGCCUUUCUUGUGAUCGCCUUGAUCUGGAUACGCUGGCCAUUGAGAUUUGUCUUGCAUUACGAGUGGAUUCUGUCCUCUACCGUAUUUAUAUGCGACGCAGUAGCUGGCGCGCUUCUCUUCCUGGCAGUCUCCAUAUUUGGCGGGCAAUGUUGGCGCCGGGACUGGUUAAUGUAUCCGAAUUUCAAUCACUUGUCGUGGUCCUACGGUCUCGCGGUCAUAUCGUUCAUGAUCCACACGUUCGCCGCGUUCUUUCUUUAUCUGGACGCGCGGACAGGUUACAGGCUGCGCAAAGAGUCGCGCAACUUGGUAAUGCAGAUGCAACCGAAUCCACAGUCUCAUCACGCGGUGCCACGAAGCGGAUACGUGUAAUGUCAAAUCGCCUGCUUUUGACGAAAAAUUUAAUUUCCGCAUAAAACUUUUACCGGUUAUCUUUAACAAGUAAAAGAUCUGUCUCUGAAGAAAGACUGUACACUACCGGUGUACAAUUCUAAUCCGUCCACUUUAUAUUUGUAUAUUAUAAAUAAUGAUAAAAGCUUUAUGUGCAAGCUCUUACCGUUAUUUUUAAUAAAUAGUUCCGUGUGAGAGUGAUCGACUGUAGUCAGCAGGUUCUGGGUUUGAUCUCGACCCUCAUUCCCUAUGCCUCGGUUUUAAGAGGUUGAUUUUGAGAGUUGAAGAUUAGAGAGCGAAGAAAUGAAAAGUGAAUGAUAAUCUAUUUCAAAAAUUCCACAUUUUAUUUGUAUUUAAUUUUAAUCCUUUAAUAUGGAUAAACAUGUGUAAGAUUGCUGCCUUCUUUCGAGCUAAUUAACUUACAUUUGAUUUCCUUUAAGCUAAUUCGCUUGCGUGAAUAAUAUCCGUCCAUUGUUAUACUCACGCGCGCACAUUUUUUUUAUAUAUCAUGAUUUUUAUACAUAUUUUAUAAAUAUUAUAUACUAUGUAUAAUAGAAUUGUAGAUUAUCUGACUUACAAGUAUGUAGAAAAUUAAUAAACGAAGAAAUAUUCUUUUUUUGCGAGA